UUGUCAAAAGAUAUUUUGGUUUUGCGAUGUGCGUGCUUCAAUUUCACGUGGUUCUCUGUCUAUCGGCAUGUUUUAUAACUAUUUAUUUAUAAUUAUUGGAGCAACUGAUUGAUAAUGCAUCGAAUUUCAGCAGCUCGGAAUUUAUGCCAAAGUAAUUUUUAUAGUUUUUCUUUACCUUCAAAUAAUUCAUUGAAGACCUCUAGUUCCGAAAUAAAAUGCUCGUUUUGCCGAAAAUUUCUUCUAGGACGACACAAUGCAGAAAACCUCAUCCUCACGAGGCAUCAGUCUACGCACACGGCUAAUGCUGUUCGCUCGCUCAAGAAAAAACUCAAACACAAGAACUACAAGAAAUAUGGGGAGUUGCUUGAAGUGGGAGAGCAGGCGAUGACAGAAACUAAGAUCCAAAUAAGCAAAUUAAAAGCGUCCCACCUGUCAAAGUUAGCUGCCAGCUCCGUGUCUCUUGGUCAGCUGCACCAACUGACCAUGCAGCGCAAAAGCAAGCCUAUCUUGAAGGAAGUGGAUCCAGAACUACUGCAAAGCAUUAAGGAGAAAAUAUUAAAGAAGUCUGCAUCAGCAAAUCCUAAGGAGAUUGUUCUAGAAGAUGACCAAUGUGCCCUAGUGUACACUAAUCAAUCAAUUGCUAGCAUAGAGGACAAGAUUAAAACUAAACAAUACAUAGAUGCAGUGAAAGAAAGUUAUUACAACUUUAGGAAGGCAACAUUGUAUGACCAAAGGCUUCAGGACCUGAGAUAUGCCAUCAAUGAGGGUUUGACUCAGGAGUUUGACCUGGAGAUGACAUCAGCCAAGGUUGAUACGAAGGAAGAAUUCAAACCAUCAACUUUACCAAAAAGUCCACAUGCAAUAUUCAGAGAGUUGUUUAUAGACAAGCAGUUAGAUAGCUAUGACCAAGAACUUAUGACCCAUAUAACUAAUUUACAGACUCAAGGCAUAGCCCACCCAGCCAUAGAAGACCUGUAUGAUGACCCGGCAUUGCACGGAGAAAUAGCUGACGUAGCUGAGGAUUUUGAGAUGGACCACAUUGAACAUAUCACUCCAAGCACAACUUUAAAUAUCAAGAAAGCCAAGCAAGAACUGAGACAGAAGAAGAAAGAGCGCCGCGAGAAACGACGCGCGCGGCAGGAGCUGAGCAUGAAGCAAGACAUGCGGCAAAUGGAGCGACGCGGCAAGCAGGACUCGCUGCACCGGCUGCUGGCCGCGCACCUGCAGCUGCUCUGCUCGCUGAACAUGACGAAUGAGGGUCGGCAAAUUCUACAGUAUUACAGACAAAGGAGCUCCAAGGCGUCGGAGCAACCCACGGUCACCGAUGUUAAAGUUUACAACACUCUGUUGCACGGAUAUGCAGCCACGGGUCACCUGGAGAACACGACGGAGCUGCUUAGCUUCAUGCGCGAGGACGGCAUACAAGCCGACGCGCAGACGUUCGCCGCCGUCUUCGAGUGUAUUGAGAGGAGCCAGGUCUCCGACAAACUCACCCUGCUCAACUUCUAUUAUAGGGAGAUGCAGGAUAAGAACAUAAUCUUAAACGACUUGCUAGACAAAACCAAAUUCCUGUACGACCAGAGAGAAGUAGUACUCAAGGCAGUCAGGCGUAUUGACCCUAACUUUGAACCACAGUACACCCCACCCGUCCUUGACUAUGACUGCCCUUUGCUAGACAAACUAAAACUAACAGAAGUAGAGAACAGGAGAGGUCUCCUCUCUUCUCCCGCUGAAGGGCUCCUCUCUAUAGAAGAUAUGAAAGAGCAAGGGAGAAAGCAGUUGGAGGUUGAGAUCAAGGGAGACAUUGAAGUGCUGAACAUUGAUGUCAAAGAUGACGCCUCCCCGAGUGUGAAACUUUAUAGAAAGAAGUUGGAAGAAACUGAGAAUGAAUGGCGCGUGGUGAUCCGGCAAGCGUUCGUCCGCAACCUGGGCACACUGCGGUCACAGAGCAACGCGUCACACUCCGCUAUCACGCUCUAUCCCUAUCUGAAGGUGCUCUCGGAGGAUCAGUUCGUGGAGCUGAUGAUGGGCGAGCUGAGCAAGCUGGUGGACGGCAGUGAGACGUACAGCCCCACGCUCAAGCUGCUGCAGCGCGACCUCGGCACGCAGGUCUACCACAAGUAUCAGAUCGAGCAGUUCCGCCGCAACGGCGUGCUGGACAAGAUCUCCCGGUUGUACGAGCAGUACUGCGAGUGGUACAUGACCCGCGGCUCGGACGCGCUCAACCCGCGGCAGGCGUGGCAGACCAUAGUGCACAACAAUAGGGACGGCGCCAGCUUGGACAUGGAGGAAGCCCCGUGGCCUGUGGAGAUGCGGCAGAACAUCGGCAAGUUCCUGUACAACAUCAUCAUCAAUGACGUCAAGAUAGACGUCAACAUGUUCAAGAACAAUGCCAAACCGAAGAAGCUGCCGGCGGUGUACAAGGUGCACCGUCCGUGGGGCCGGCUGGUGCGGCUGGAGCUGAAGCCGCAGCCGGCGCUGUGGCGCCUGUGGGGCGGCGCGGCGCGCGCCGGGCUGCGCAUGCGCGCCGCGCUGCUGCCCGCCGCCGCGCCGCCGCGGCCCUGGGCGGCGCGCGCCGUCGGCGCCUACCUCGUCACGCCCACGCCGCUCAUCAGGAUGCCGUUCUUUGUGAUGAACCAAUGGAAGCGUCUAGAAGAAGCGCCGCAGUCGGCGCUGUACCCGGUGUUGGACAGCCUCAACCAGCUGGGCGAGGUGCCCUGGCGCAUCAACCAGCCCAUACUUGACCUGCAACUACAAGUGUUCAGGGCUGGCGGCAACAAGAAGUUAGACAUCCCCCCACCAGCGUCUUCUAUAGACCCGUCAGACUUCGCAGUCCCCUCGCCAGCGCCCGCGCCCGACGCAGGCGCGAGCCCCGCCAAGGCGGCGGGCGCGGCCGCGUUCAAGCAGCGGCUGGCCUACAACCGCGCGCGCGCAGAGAUGCAUUCCCUUUGGUGCGACGCUCUGUAUAAGCUGUCUCUUGCGAAUCACUACAGGGACUCCAUGUUCUGGCUGCCGCACAACAUGGACUUCCGUGGGCGCGUGUACGCGUGCCCGCCGCACCUGUCGCAGCUGGGGGCCGACACGGCGCGGGCGCUGCUCACCUUCGCUAAGAAGGAGCCGCUGGGGCCGCACGGGCUCAGCUGGUUGAAGCUCCACUGCGUCAACCUCACUGGGACCAUGAAGAAGGCUACUGUUGCUGAAAGACUGGAGUACGCGGAGAGCAUAAUGGACAAGAUCCUGGACUCGGCGGACCAUCCGCUGGACGGUGAAGGCUGGUGGCAGCAGUCCGAGGAGCCCUGGCAGACGCUGGCGUGCUGCAUGGAGGUGGCCAACGCCGUGCGAUCACCCAACCCGGAAGAGUACCGGUGCGGGUUCCCGGUGCACCAGGACGGGUCGUGCAACGGGCUGCAGCACUACGCGGCGCUGGGCGGGGACGCGGCCGGCGCCGCCGCCGUCAACCUGGCGCCCGCGGCCCGCCCGCAGGACGUCUACAGCGCCGUCGCCGCACUGGUGGAAGAGAUGCGGGUGAGGGAUGCGGCGGCAGGCGUACCAGCUGCCGUGAUUCUGGACAAGUUCGUGCGCAGGAAGGUGAUCAAGCAAACAGUGAUGACUACUGUUUAUGGAGUCACCAAGUUCGGCGCGCGUCUGCAGAUUGCUAAACAACUCAAAGAUAUCGACGAAUUCCCGAAGGAUCAAGUGUGGACGUGCUCGCAGUACCUGACAGCGCGCACGUUCGACAGUCUGCGUGAGAUGUUCACCUCCACCAAGCUUAUACAGGACUGGUUCACCGACUGUGCCAAGCUGAUAUCGGGCGUGUGCGGCGAGAGCGUGGAGUGGGUGACGCCGCUGGGGCUGCCCGUGGUGCAGCCCUACUACCGCCGCGCGCAGCCGCACAGGCAACACGCGCCCAUCGACCAGCUGCAGCGUCCGUGCACAAUGAAGCAACGCAACGCAUUCCCGCCCAACUUCAUCCACUCGCUGGACUCGUCACACAUGAUGCUGACGGGGCUGCACUGCCAGGCCGCCGGGCUCACCUUCGUCUCCGUGCACGACUGCUUCUGGACACACCCCAAUACUGUAGCACUCAUGAAUCAGAUCUGCCGCGAGCAGUUCGUCGCGCUACACUCGCAGCCAAUCUUAAACGACUUGUCGGACUUCCUGGUGAAGAGAUACAGUUACGACGACAGUGAAUUGCAAGAUAGCAGCAUAGGCGCAGCAAACAAGAAGCGCGUCAACAGGUUGCUAAAGAAAGUGCCAGGGAAAGGAAACUUCGACCUUCAGAGCGUCCUCAAAUCCGUCUAUUUCUUCAGUUAGGCGGCUCGGUUAGUACGACUUAUAUUCCUAGUUCCAAGAUAUGAAGGACUGAAUUUCUUUAAAGGAUAUUCAUCACAGUGUCUUAUUAAUUAUUAUCUACUCUAACGAUGAUCGUUAAGUUGUUAACAUUGAAGGACUACUUUUGUAGCAUGACGUGGGAUUUUGAAGAAUUUUGUAGGAAGAUUGUGUGUCAUAUUAUUAUUCAAAACAACAUUUUCUUAAAUUGUAUCUUUUAAAAGUUACGUUUAUGUUUAUUUUAUACUUAAAGUCUGUUUCAUAGACUUCUCAAGUUUCCUAAAAGGGCUAAAAUAGCAAUUUGCUAAUUUGACGUCUCAUCAUUUGGAUGUAAUUUUAUUAGCCUCGGCGAUAUUAAGAUAACUCAGUGCUAUUAGGAGAAAAAGGUGGUGUAUUUUUUUUUAAAUAACCUUAAUACACCUGUUUUAGCAAACUAUUCAUGAAAAUUUUGUGAAAUAACGAAUUAUUUUAGGAUUACGUGUUGAUUUGAUAGUUUUAUUAUAUAAAAGUCUAGUUUAUUUGAAAAAGACACACAAUCUAGUUAAUGAUAGACUGAAAUUUAUGUAAGAUGGCUAGAAUUUGCCUACGAGCAAUUUUGUAAUGUAGAAGGUAUUGCUACAAGGUUGAAAUACCUCGGAAAAUUAAACACCAGUUUUCCAGUAAAAGACAAAGAAAAACUUAUUACAGGUAAUAAAUU